GGAGGAAAAGUGAAGACCUUUUAUUACCCCAGCGGCUCAGCUCGGAUAUUUGAAAUUGCUGCACACAUCACCAACUUCACCUGGAAUAGUCUGUACAGUUUGGAACCAGCUCGGAUACUUUGCAGGAUCUUUGAAGCGUUUCUGUAACCAUGGGGGACGUUGUUUCCUCUCACCUGGAUGAGAGCAGACGGGGGAUGAUUACAGCUCGGACCAGAGAUGUGAUGAAGCAGUUCAGCGACGUGUACGAGCAGCAGUACGCCGUCGCCCUCUUCAACAGCGUCCGCUUCGAGAUAGAAGGAGGAGGAGGGCCGCAGUCGCAGCUGCUACACAGAAAGGACCCACUGGCAGGCCGGUCAAUCUUCUCAGGGAGUCUGUUUCAGUACCUGGAGGAGAAUCGUAAGUGGAGGAAUCGCUUUGUGUUCGUGCCAAACAGCUACACCAUCAGCCUGUAUGAGAGCAAAGCAGCACAUGAACGGAGCCUGCACCCGAAACUAACCAUCAACUGUGCUGGGUACAGGGCCUUGACCUCCAUGGAGGAGUACAUGGAGCUGAUUAAUACCAGCCUGCCUGGUAUCAAGGCCAAAGUGGGCAAUAAUCCAUUCAUCAAGUGUCCCACUCAGUUCCCCCUCAUCCUGUGGCACCCGUACGCCCGCCACCACUACUUCUGCGUGAUGACUGAGAAGGAGCAGAACAAGUGGCAUGCUGUGCUACAGGACUGCGUCAGACACAGUAACAACGGUCUGUCAGAGAGCAAUACCGUUCAGACGCCAGCCUUCACGGACGCUGUGAGACUGUACAGACAAGACAAGGGACACUACGGGACCUGGGAGAUGAUGUGUGGAGCGCCCCCACAGAUUCUGGCUUAUCUAGUGAUGGAAACCCUCCAACCAGAGCUGAGAAAUGUGAUUGGUCCUCGCCUGAAGGGGAAGAUGCAACAGAGACAGAGAAAUUGGAUGUUGAUCUCUGAUGCGGUGUACAAGCAGGUGUUGUCCCAGACCACCGGUCAGUACGAUGCACUGGUCGAAGCCUGCGAGGCUCAGAGAGUUCCACUGGACGCCAGCCUGCGAACCGACAUGGACCAGAUCAUCACAUCUAAAGAACACGUCUGCGGCAAGAUACGGGCUCUGGUGUUGCCCAAGGCAGAGAAGCUCCUGCGGACCAGCGUCCAGCCCUACAUCAGUUCCAUCCUGGAGGCCCUGAUGGAGCCUGCCAGCCGUGGUUUCUCCGAGGUCAGGGACGUUUUCUUCAAAGAGAUGGUGGAGAUCAGCAAGAACACACUCAACGGAGGAGGCAAAGAAAAACUGGGAGAUCACAUGGAGAGGCUUUCCAUGCUCGCCUUCCACCCUGUGAAAAUGCAGAGCUGUUAUGCAAAGGUAGAGCAGCUCAAUCUGGAGGGGCUGCAGCAGAGGUUCGACGUCUCUAGCCCCUCAGUGUUCGUCAGCAGGGCUCAGAUCCUCAUGAGGGAGCAAAUGGACAAUGUGGUGUACACAUUUGAGCAGCUGCUCCAGCAGUCUUUGGACGCCCAGGGAGAGAAUGACAUGUGCAAGGCCAUCCAGAGAUGCCAGGACAGGGUUCUCAAGAAAUAUGAUUAUGACAGCAGCACAGUGCGCAAGAAGUUCUUCAGAGAGGCUCUGCUGCAGAUCAUCAUUCCAUACAUGCUACAGCAGCUCUCGCAAUCCUGCUCACCUGAACUGCCUCGCUUUAAAGAGCUUAUCUUUGAGGACUUCUCCCGUUUCCUGUUGGUGGAAAACAUGUUUGAGGAGGUUGUGCUGCACUCUGUCACCAAGGACAUAAUGAUGGCUGUGAAGGAGGCAGCUGUCCAGAGGAGACACAAUCUCUACAGGGACAGCAUAAUUUUGACAAACAGUGACCCCAACCUGCACCUGCUCGGAGAAUCCCCCUCGGUGGACUGGGCCACCAAAUUUGGAGGCGAUGAGCCAGAGGUUUCACUCGGUGGCGGUAUUGAAGGAGGAGGUUCUGGGAGAAGACGCAGGCAGAUCGUGUCCAUGAUCCAGCUGGAAGGGCUGCCUCUGGCCUAUGAGUCCUGUCUAGAAGUUCCAGGAGUGGAGCUUAUCCCCGAGGAGGAGGAUGCCGAGGUGUCUGAGAGCAAGGAGGAGGAAGAAGAGCAUGAGGAGGACCCAGGCCUGCCUGAGGAUCCUAAGUCUCCUGAUAGCAUAAAUGAAAUCAGGGACCUGAUCAAUCCGGUGGUGGAAAUGAUGAUUCCAGUGCCAAAGGAGAACCAGAGCGACACGACUAACGGGAUGGAGCCGACCAACGCCACCGUCGUCGUGGAGGAUGGGGUUCAGGAGGAUGUGUCACAUGUCACCACACUGGUGGAGGACGUCCCCAGGAAAUCUCCAAAGAGCAAGACGUCCCCGCAGACAAUCCUCCGGCAGCUGGUAGGAAGCAAGAAGCAGGAAGAUGAUAAGGAGCAUCAGGAGGAAGCAGCAAUUCAGAAUGGCAUCAAGGAAAUGAAGAUAACGGAACAGGAAGGUGAUAGGGAACGGAUUGCUGAGGUUUGUGCUGCAGUGUCAGAUUCUGAGUCAUCACCACAGCCACCACUGGCUACAGACUCCCACCCGCACGAUGACAGUGGCUUCCAGUCACCGUCCAAUGAGGGGCUGGAUGAAGGUAAGCCUCAGCCUGUCACAAAUGGUCUGAACGGAGAGGACAAAAUCAUCGACCCUGUAGAGGUGGAGGUGCUUUUAGCGUGAGGAGACAAUUAUCUGCACAUGCACUCAGAGAGAAAACAGCAGUGUGCAUCACGUGACGGGAGAGAGUUGAAAUCAAUGAGGAUUGUAUUUAAAGGAUUCAUUUGAACUGUUGCCUUCUCUUUAUUGUUGUUGAUAUUGCGCACUAUAC